AUGUCCAAGUUUCCAACGCUAGUUUUUGUUCCUGGUGCAUGGCAUUCGCCUGCCUGCUACAAUUUGAUCAUCAAACCCCUACAAGAGAAAUACAAGCUGAAAUGCGUCGCUGUCACACUCCCUUCGACCACCGGUGACCCAACCCGGACCUUCAAAGACGAUCUUGACGCCGCACGCAAAGCAAUUUCGGACGAAACAAGUUGCGGGCGCGAUGUGAUAGUUGUCGCCCACUCAUACGGUGGUUUGGUUGGAAACAGUGCUAUCAAAGACUUUGCUCGACCCCGAGGGACGAUUGCGAAAAAUGCUCAACGUACAACUACCGGCUAUGUCGUUGGCCUUAUUCUCAUAGCGUCCGGCUUUACAUUCACGGGGCUCGCCUUCAUGGACCCCUUCUUUGGACAUCCUCCCCCCCAGUGGCGCAUCAAUAAAGAGACUGGAUUUGCCGACCUCGUUGUUUCUCCACGCAAAUUUUUCUAUCAUGACGUGCCAGAAGAUGAGGCAAGAUACUGGGUCUCAUUGCUCACUCCGCAGAGUCUCAAGGCAUUGUUUGAAGGGGGUGAAUACUCUUAUGCUGGAUGGAGGGAUGUGCCAUCUUGUUAUAUCGGCACCGUCGAGGACCAGGGGCUUCCAGUGGUAGUACAGCGCAUGAAUGUAGGAAUGGCGAGGAGCAUGGGUGCAUCUGUCAUGCAUAGAGAGCUGCAGACAAGUCAUUCGCCCUUUUUGAGCCAACCGCAGGAGACUGUCAAGAUCAUGAUUGAGGCUAUCGAAUCGUUUAUUGGCAAGCCAGUGGAAAACGCAGCAGCCAGGAGAAAGACAAAUGACAAGAUAAUACUGCCGGAAGCCAGACUAUGGCGGCCUAUUACUUGGUAUCGGUUUGGGUUGCCUCUCAUCUUUGGCCGCGUCAUCGGAAAAUGUGUUUUACUAUUCGGCUUUGGCAGGAGGCUGCUGGGAUAUAUGUAG